UACAUUUGUGCCAUUUUCUUCUUUUUCCUGCUUCGUUUUUUGCUUGCGUGAUAGUCAGUGCUGGAUUACUUAUAUAUAUAUACUUACAUAACCAUCAGCGAACGAUGGCCAAAUGUACAAAUGCGCCGCCCACCGUCCCUAGCGACUCAGGCGUGGCGGGCAUCGGGGUUCUACUGUCCUUCAUCAUCACAGCAGCCAUUGCGCUCGUCAUCAGCGCAUCGCUGGUCAUCCACGAGGCGCGCGGGCGCUCCUCGAGCCAGAAACCCAGCGUGUUGAGGCGCAAGCUCCUGAAUGCGUACUCGGACCAGCAGAUCCUGACGGGCAUCGGCAUCCAGAGCGUCGGCUUGGCCAAGAUCCAGUCCAUGGUGCCGUAUCACUUCUUCAUCAUCUGGAUCCUCUCUCUACUGUCCAUGGCCGUGCACAACGCGAGCCUACUCGCUCUCGUCCGCGACUUUCGACGCGACUGGGUCCUCCGCUGGCUGCGCCAGUUCCUGAUCUUCGUCAACCUUGUCCUGAGCUCUCUCUACGGCAUCUUCAUCUUGCGAGCCGUUCAAAGGGGUAUCAACGACUCUACGUUCCCCAUCGCUUGUGUCUGGGAAGAAACCGACGGCUCCGGCCAGCCGUCGACAGAAAACAGACCGCUUUCCUUCAUCGGCACAAUCGUGGUUCUCGCGGGGAAUGUCGUCGUCUUCGUCCUUGCUACGUGGUACCUCCAUUCGCGCACGCAGCGCUUCUACAACGCCAUCCGCAUCGUGGGGCUACUGCUAAUGACAGCUAUCUCCAUCGGCGCCGUCGUGCGCGUGUCUCUACUGGCCGAUGCCUUCGAUGGCAAGCAUCCCGUUAAGCUCAGCGAUGGCGGCGAGAAACAGUGGAGUUUCGGCCAGCUGCUUUCCGUGGGCAUGCUGUUGCUGCCCGUUGUGUCGAUCAUCGAGAUCCUCCGUGGUGAAAUCAAGUGCGCGCCGCCUGUUGCUGACUUUGGAGAUAAAACCAGCUUGCUUGGCGAGACUGAGCUGCAGACGAAUCACCGGGAUCGGGAUUCGUUCCAGCCAAAUCCUUUCUUUGGCUCGCAAACUAAUUUGUUUAGAAAGUGAAUGGCUCCAGUAACUGCUUGGACCCGAGGAUUUCAUCGUCAUCGCGCAAUCUACUAUCCAGGCGAAAGGCACGAGUACCCCAGGCA